GGGCUCUCGCGGCAGCCCAUGAUGUCACCGCCAUCAUAAAACAGCCGCCCUGUCGCUCGUAGCCUUCCUGGAGUUCGCGAGCGUGUAGAGCGACGAGGUGACAAGCGGUAACGCACAGUCUUACAAAGAAAUAAGAAAGAAAUGAGGGCACAAAGCGCGGGAGGUGUUUCCUAGAACUUCUGAAAAGAAGGAAAAAGGAGGGAACGCGCGGCGCGCCGUUACUCGUAGAGACGGCAGCGAUGGAGCAGAAUACCGAAGCCAAGCGGAUCAUGGCCCUGUCGCUGGGAAAGAUGUACAGCUCGCGUUCCCAGCGCGGGGGUCUCCGGCUCCACCGGAGCCUGCUACUCACGCUGGUCAUGAGGUCGGCGCAGGACAUUUACCACAGCUCCCGGGUAGUCACCGAGAUCUGGCCAGCGAACGGCCAGCAUGCCCAGAAAGCGUUACCAGCCGAGGAACCCAUGGACACUAGUGGUGCGCAGUUUCAGACCUGUGCGCUCACCACUUCGCCCGAAGACAGCCAGCUCCGCUGCGCGAAAAGCGACGAGAACAAGGAAAACUUGGAGCCGGUGCGGAGUAACCGUCGGACGAGAAAACGCCGCGGUAAAGCAGCUGGAGAACCGGACUUCCUGCCUAGCAAAAGGGCGAGGAUCAGGAUGGAGGCUGCGGAGGAGCUCCUGAGCGCCCAGGGCGCAUCGCCCAGCGUCGGUAUGAACUGCUGCCGAGCUGGAGAAGCGCUUGCAGUAGUGCUGUUGUCCCAGGCAGUAGUAGGUUUCUGAGUCGGUACCCUCCCCCGAGAGGCGAGGGGGUUCAGGAAAUCCAGCCCUUUCACUGGUCGGGAGGUAACCCCCUAUCUUGUGUGCAGAUGACUAGGGGAUAAUAAGGGCGAGGAGGUGAAGGACUUCUAGUGUGGCGGAAAGCCCAGCCUCGGGUGGAGACUGUGGACACUGGUCCGAGGAGACGUGCGACUUGGGGGAUGACGCCGCACGGGCGCCAGUACGCCAGUGACAGCGAUGGGUCCAUUUACUGGACCCUGAGCAACACCGCGGUAGGAGAGAAGGGCGAAGAACCACCGUUCCACCAGCACUAAUCUCCCAUAUGAGUGGGAAGACGGGACCCGGAGACUUGAUGGACACAGUUGUUGUACUGUGGACUAAAGGGGUUGUAAGUUUAACUUCCCUAAAAACCACUGCUAAUCUGUGUGAAGACAUAAAAAGGGAAAAUGUA